AUGGAGGGAAACCAGUCCUCUGUCUUCCAGAAUUGUGGUUUUAAAAUUCAGCAGGUGCUCUCCUUGCCGCGGUGCGCCAGAGUAGAGUACGAGUCUGAGGCUGAGGGAGUCACGGCAGGACAGGCGUUUAGAAAGUUUCUCCCACUCUUUGACCGAGUAUUGGUUGAAAGGAGUGCUACUGAGACUGUAACCAAAGGAGGCAUUGUGCUUCCAGAAAAAUCUCAAGGAAAAGUAUUGCAAGCAACUGUAGUCGCUGUUGGAUUGGGUUCUAAAGGAAAGGGUGGAGAGAUUCAACCAGUUAGCAUGAAAGUUGGAGAUCAAGUUCUUCUCCCAGAAUAUGGAGGCACCAAACUAGUUCUAGAUGACAAGGAUUACUUCCUAUUUAGAGACGGUGACAUUCUUGGAAAGUAUGUAGACUGAAAUAAGUCACUAUUGAAAUGGCAUCAAUGUGAAGCUGCCCAUUCCACUGAAGUUCUGAAAUCUUCCAUCAUGUAAAUAGUUUUCAUCUCUCUCUUUUAUAAUAAACUAAUGAUAACUGAUGACAUUUAGUGUCUCCAAAAUUGUUUC